GGCGACGUGAGACGCUCAGGAAUCUAUCAGGAAUCUAUGACGACAUCGUGUUUGCGCCAAAGAUGUUGCCAGCUGCGCGCGAACUAUGCUUGACCCUGCGCCGUGCGCAUGCGCAGACGCGCCCUGGAAACGCCGCCGGCACGCGCCGUCCUAUAUAAGUAAGCCGGUUGCCCGGCAGAAAGAUAAUUAUCAAUUUUCGUACGAAGCAAGACAACGUCUAUUUACGUCGAAAGCUACACAGGCACACAAUGUGGAAAUCUUUGGAGGUUUUCGUUGCGAUCUGUCCCGGUCUUAUACCACCGGUACUCAUCCUCAUCGCAUGGAAACUAUGGGAGACGUAUACGCUGGAGAGCCGAGAUAAAAGUUCGAAUCUCAAGCUACCUCCCGGUAGCAUGGGUCUACCCUUUAUUGGAGAGACGGCUCAUUUCGCCAUCUGGGGAGCCGACUUUUACCGCCGACGACGCGCGCAGUACGGCAACGUCUUCAAGACGCACAUCCUCGGCCGACCGACGAUCCGCGUGAUGGGCGCCGACAACGUCAAGAAGAUCCUGACGGGCGACGGCACGCUUGUCACCAGCCAGUGGCCAAAGAGCACGCGUAUCAUCCUCGGCGAGGGCAUCGCUCUGUCGUCGGGCGACCUGCACAAGCGACGGCGGCACGCCGUCAUACGCGCCUUCGACCCGGCCUGCAUGGAGAGCUACGUGGCGCGCACGGCGGCGCACGUGCGUCGCAGCGUCAGCGACUGGUGCGCGCGCGACGCCGGCGUGCUGCUGCAGGACGAGAUCAAGAGGCUGAUGUUUAACAUCAGCGCUGAGCAGCUGCUAGGCCUGCCCGUACUGACGCGCGACGCCGCCGAGCUGACGAGACUCUACUCCGACAUUUCUAAGAAUCUGUUCAGCCUUCCCGUGAAGAUACCCGGACUCGGUCUGCACAGCGCGCUGAAGAGCCGCGAGAAGAUUUUUGCCAAGUUGGACCUUCUUAUCGACGAGCAGCUGAAAGCGUGGGCGACGUCUCCGGGCAAGCAUUGCGACGACAACGCCACCGCAUUCGAGCGCGUCGUGCACCACUGGAUCAACGGCGGCUGCCACGACGUGUCGAGAAGCGAGCUGAAGUUUGCCGUACUCGAGAUGCUGUUGCUGGGUCACGAGAAGACUGCCAGUGCAUGUUCGAUGAUGGCUCUCUACUUGCACAACACGCCCGACGUGAUCGAGAAGAUUCAUGCUGAGUUGAUUCAGCACGAGCUCAACGAUCCGUCAGUCACACUCACACAGGAGAAGCUGAAUAAGCUGACCUACCUCAAUACCGUCAUUAAGGAGCUGCUGAGAAUCUCACCCGCUGUAGGAGGCGGCUUCCGCAAGGCACUGGAAACGUUCGAAGUAGACGGUUACAUGAUUCCGAAAGACUGGACGGUAAUCUACAGUAUCCGGGACACUCACGAAAUACAGGAGAGCACUCCUCGCGCUGACGUCUUCGCUCCCGAGCGCUGGGAUGACGUCAUCGGUUACGAGGAGAGCGGGUACGACACAGACGAUACCGUCGUGGCGAUGGGCUCGAGCUCCAGCAACAUCAGCGACAUCGGCGUCGGCGGCAGCAGCAGCAGCAGCGACGCGCCCCGUAAGAUUAGCACGACGAGUCGAAGCAGCGACGCGCUCCGUAAGGUUAGCACGACGAGUCGAAGCAGCGAGAUAGACAGAAUCCGCCACAGCAGCGAAAUCGACAUCAUUCGCCGCGGCAGCUGCUGCAGCGCGACGAGCGGAUUCAGCAGCAGCGGCAGCAGCAUCCGAUCCAUCAGCGGCCUCAGUAUCGGCACCGUCAGCGGCGCAUCCGUUACCAAGACGACCGACUACAGUUACAUCCCGUUCGGAGCCGGCUCGCGAUGCUGCGCCGGCAAGGAGUUUGCGAAGCUAGUCAUGCGGGUGUUCGUGGUGGAGAUGGUGCGACUGAGCACGUAUCGGCUGCACAAUCCCAACCCGGAGCUGCGGCAGAUUCUCACGCCCGCAGCUAAAGAUGGACUCCCCGCAACGUUCACGAGCCGAUUUGUGUCUACUGAGACGUAGACCGUGCACAUACUUAUAUUUAUAUACAAAUAUCAGUAUUAUAUAUAUAUAUAUAUAUAUAUAUACAUACAUAUAUCAGCCAUGGGUGUAUCCCGAAUUUGUAAAAGUUUUAUUAUCAUAUUUUCGUUAUGCAUGUAUUAGUUUAUAUUCGUUUCGUUGUCAUUGUAGGGACGCAAAGUAGAUCAAACCUUCUCCUAUUUUAUUCGCCUUUUUCUAUUAAAUAUCAGGGUAAAAUAGGAAAAAAAGAAUUUAUGCGACCGAUUAUUGUGUAGUUGAUAUUUGUAUGUGUAGUUGAUAUUUGUAUGUGUAGUUGAUAUUUGUAUGUGUAGUUUAUAUUUGUUAUGUUGCGUAUUUAAACAAGUCAAUCAUCAUGUUUCUAAUCACUCAUCAGCAACAUACACGGUAUGAAUGUAUAUAAUACUGAAGUUUAAGCGUCUACUAGAUCGCCUAAAAAGCGAUCGAAUUUGUAAAUAAUAUAUUAAUUUAAAUAAAGAUAUAUUUAAUAAAUUAUAAUAUAAUCACAA